UUGGGCUCUGGCAGGACUGUGAACAUCUGGCCAGUUUGGUUUGGCCGCCUGGCAGAGAGUGUGUUCUGAGAAGCAAUGGUGAUGAGGGCCUUUGUCCUGUUGGCUGUCUUUGCAGAAGCCUCUGCAAGAUCUUGCACUCCGAAUAAAGCAGAUGUCAUUCUCGUGUUUUGUUAUCCCAAAACCAUCAUCACCAAAAUCCCUGAGUGUCCUUAUGGCUGGGAAGUGCAUCAGCUGGCGCUUGGCGGGCUGUGUUACAAUGGGGUCCAUGAAGGAGGUUACUAUCAAUUUGUGAUCCCAGAUUUGUCGCCUAAAAACAAGUCCUAUUGUGGGACCCAGUCGGAGUACAAGCCCCCCAUCUAUCACUUCUACAGCCACAUCGUUUCCAAUGACAGCACAGUAAUCGUAAAGAACCAGCCCGUGAACUACUCCUUCUCCUGCACCUACCACUCCACCUACUUGGUGAACCAGGCUGCCUUUGACCAGAGAGUGGCCACUGUUCACGUGAAGAACGGGAGCAUGGGCACAUUUGAAAGCCAAUUGUCUCUCAACUUCUACACUAAUGCCAAGUUCUCCACUAAGAAGGAAGCCCCUUUUGUCCUGGAGACAUCUGAAAUCGGUUCAGAUCUGUUUGCGGGAGUAGAAGCCAAGGGGUUGAGCAUUAGGUUUAAAGUGGUUUUGAAUAGCUGCUGGGCCACACCAUCGGCUGAUUUCAUGUAUCCUUUGCAAUGGCAGCUGAUCAAUAAGGGCUGCCCCACAGAUGAAACAGUCCUUGUACAUGAGAAUGGGAAAGAUCACAGAGCCACCUUCCAAUUCAACGCUUUCCGGUUCCAGAACAUCCCCAAACUCUCCAAGGUUUGGUUACACUGUGAGACAUUCAUCUGUGACAGUGAGAAGCUCUCCUGCCCAGUGACUUGUGACAAACGGAAGCGACUCCUCCGGGACCAGACAGGGGGCGUCCUCGUAGUGGAGCUCUCCCUCCGUAGCAGGGGAUUCCCCAGUCUCUAUAGCUUCUCAGACGUCCUCUAUCACCUCAUCGUGAUGCUGGGGAUUUGUGCCGUGUUGUAGGGGAUCGCCAGGCAGGCAGUGGCAUCUCCUCCACCCAACAUCAUCUCCUGUGUCGAUGACAAACCCCCAUUUAUUGUGCUGCCAACAAGAACAAACAGAAGAACAUACCGUUGAG